CUGGUCUGGGGGGAGCCGGAAGAGUUUCGGCGGCGGGGGUUCCCGGCGACCCCUGCUGGCAGGUGGGGCCUAGUCGAGCCUGGCCGCCGCAGGACCCAAGUGCGGGAGCUUCAAGCUCCCCCGUGGGGACGGGAUUUGGGGCUGUGGCCGGAGCUGCUCCCCGACGCGUCCGGAUGGUUGAGGUCCCGACGCUGCUCACGUCCAGCGGGGAAAACGUGUGCCCUCCGCCCUUAUCUUUUCCCUGCUUCUGGGUUUGACGGCUUCCCCCCAGGCGUGCGGGGGUGCCGGGCUUUCCUCAGUGACGCCCGCGACCUCUCUAGGGAACGUCUCAGAAAGGCCGUCCGAGGCACAGUGGAGGGAGAAAACGGGUUCCCUCCCUCGCCCCGCUCUCCUCCUCCCCAUGGUGUCUUCCUGAAACGGGAAGGGUGUGUUUCGAGCGCAGGCUGCUCAAGUGGAAGUUACCUGGACUGCUUUAGGCCAAGUUUAUGUCAAGUAAAUGAAACUACUUGAUGAUGGUUUCCUAUUCCUCAGCCGACUCCACCUCCAAGUGGUUUGAACUUUGAGCUGCUUGUAGCCCUGAUGAACAAUUUGGCUUUCGUCAAGUUUGUGACACUUGGAACUUCAACAGUUGGAGGUUUAUGCACUUUGGGACCGGGCCACACUGUGCGGAGUUCAAAGUGCUAGGAGGCCAGAGAUCAAAAUGGCUUCCAGAGGAAAGACAGAGACAAGCAAAUUAAAGCAGAAUUUAGAAGAACAGUUGGAUAGACUAAUGCAGCAAUUACAAGAUCUGGAGGAAUGCAGAGAGGAACUUGAUACAGAUGAAUAUGAAGAAACCAAAAAGGAAACUCUGGAGCAACUAAGUGAAUUUAAUGAUUCACUGAAGAAAAUCAUGUCUGGAAAUAUGACUUUGGUAGAUGAGCUCAGUGGAAUGCAACUGGCUAUCCAGGCAGCUAUUAGCCAGGCCUUUAAAACCCCAGAGGUCAUCAGAUUAUUUGCAAAGAAACAACCAGGUCAACUUCGGACAAGGUUAGCGGAGAUGGAUAGAGAUCUCAUGGUAGGAAAGCUGGAAAGAGGCCUGUACACUCAACAGAAAGUGGAGAUACUAACAGCUCUCAGGAAACUUGGAGAGAAGCUGACUGCAGAUGAUGAGGCCUUCUUGUCAGCAAAUGCAGGUGCUAUACUCAGCCAGUUUGAGAAAGUGUCUACAGACCUUGGUGAGUCUCCUCGUAUUUCUGAAAGCUGUCCAGGCAUUACUGCUCACAUUGAUGGAUACCAUGAGUGAGAUAACAGGAUGGCCUUAUCUUGAGUUUAGAGGCUCUGGAGACAAAGUUCUUGCAUUGGCAAGUUUUGAGGUCGAAAAAACAAAAAAAUGACAUGGUGUGGAAGCUUGGGACAUUGAUCACAUUCUUGCUGUAAAUGGCAUUUGUCUCAUAGGGAUUUUGAAUCAUUGCAAAGAAAUCAAGAGAUUCUUGAAAUACAUUGAUAACCUGAGAAACAGUGACGGAAAAGAUACUUGUGGCUUCUGGUUAUACCUUUCCUCGUUGUGCUUCAGGGCUACUUGCCUGAGUGAUCCUAGAUGGGUGGGAUGAGGAACCCAAUGGGCCUUAUUCAUCAUGUCUUGUGUGUUUGAGAGAAGGAACAGAAAACAGUCUCUCUGCCUGUUUUUAUUAAGCCUCCUUGUUUUAAGUGCUGAUAGUAAAUGAAAAGGUGUGAACUAAUGAUUCUUUUCUGCUCAUAAUUUAUCCCCACUUGUUGGAGUGAAUAGUGUACCAACAUCAAUAGACGUCCUGUGUGUUUAUAGAAUUUUAGAGUUUUAAGUGAUCUUGGAAAUCAUUUUCAUUUUAUAAUCAAGGAAACUGAGGCUCAGAAAGAACAAGUUGACUUGCUGAAAGUCACAUCAGAGACAGAGCUGGUUUAUAAGACUCGGGCAUCCUGACUCUCAGUUUAGUGUCCAUUGAGUUUUAUUUCUUUAUUUUGUGCUGUUUUUAAAAACUAAUUAACACAUAUUUGGGCAAGUCCGUGUUUAUGAAAAUUCCAUGUCCCAACAAAAAGUUGUCACUAAGGGACCAUUCCUCCAGCCUGUAGGGCCUCCAUAUGAAAGGGGCCCAUUGUAUCCCUCAGUUGUGAGCUUGGAACAAUGGGAGCCCUGUUGAGAGUCUCCUGGAGUAACUUAACCUCCUGCUUUGUUUCACCAGGGAAGUAAUUGAAAGUGGCAGCUAGAGCCCCCCGCCCCAGCCCUCCCCACCAUGUGUGACCUCUUUGCUGAAACCCAGUAGGUGGUGACUGUAACUAUUAUUUACUCUUCUGUUUUUGGAGAAACACAAAAUAAGUUACGAGGAAAAACAUACUCUCAAGUGUUUAUAUUUCUCUGCAUGCUCAAAUAUAUAGAUUUCCCCAUGCAUAUGUAUAUGCUAGCUUAUUUUCUAGGCUUGGGCCACUUUAUAUUUUUUUCAUGUAUGUCUCAGUUUUCUUUUCCUUUGCACUUUAUCCAAAUUAAAACACUUCUGAAGCUUCUCAUAUACUGUAAACUCUACUAGGUGCUCUGCCAACUGGACAAAUUAGGGACCUCAGCUUCAUUAAUGCCUUAUUUGGAACUCUUAAUGGGUAACUUUUUAUAUAUUGGUUUAUAGCGGUCAAAAACUCAUUGAAAUUGUAACAAACCAAGAAAAAGCAAAUUGCCUGCUACCCAUGUAGGAUUUUAUGGUCAGUCAUCAUUAUUUCAUUAUUCUGCAUUUUUGUUUGUUCAAGUGAUCUCUACACCCAACGUGGGGCUUGAACUCAGGACCCCGAGAUCAAACGUCACAUGCUCUACCAACGGAACCAGCCAGGCACCCCUAGUCUGCAUUGUUUUUAAUUGAGGUGAAACUCACGUCCUAUAAAAAUCAGAAAUGUACAAUUCAGUGGUGUUUAGUACGUUCACAAUGUUGUGCAGCCAUCACCAUCUAGUUCCAAAACAUUUUCACCACCCCAAAGGAGACACCACACCCAUUAAGCAGUCACUCCCCGUGCCCUCCUCCACAUCCCAGCCCUCCGGCAACAACUAAUCUGCUUUCUGUCUCUGGAUUUACCUAUUCUGGAAAAUUCCUGUCAAUGGAAGCAUACGGUAUGCGACCUUUUGUGUCUGGCUUCUUUCACUUAGCGUAUUUUCAAGGUUAAUCUAAGUUGUAGCCUGUAUCAGUACUUCACUCCUUUUAAUGGCUGAAAAUAUUUCCUUGCGUGGAUACUACAUUGCGCUUAUGCAUUUACCUCUUGAACGUUUGGACUUUUUCCACUUUCUGGCCAUUGCAAGUAGUACUGCUAUGAACAUUUGUAUCUAAGCGUUUCAAUACCUGUUUUCAGUUCCUUUGGUUUUAUAUCCAGGAAUGGAAUUGCUGUGUGUACGUGUGUUUUGGGGGUUUUUUGUUUUGUUGUUUAAGCCCUAACAAGAUUCCCCUUUCCCCUCCAGUAGUAGGAUAAGGAAAAUUAGGAAUAUUGGGUAUUUGAGAGGGGCCUACGUGAAUCUGGAGUCCUUAAUUUUGGUUUCCCUUUACACUUUCUGUAAGACUAACAUCAGUGAAAUAUUUUGUCAUUAAUCACAUUAGUGUAUUCAUUUUGUAAGUAAUGACUAGUACUCAACUUAAAAUUAAUCUUCCUUUAAAAGUUACAAAGUAUGCAGUACCCAGCAAGAUACUGUCAUUCAUGACCGUGUGACCUUUGGUAGGUUACUUAAUCUUUUUGAGGCUCAUCUUCCUCUUCUGUUCAAUAGGGAUCCGUAGGUAGGACCCACCUACCGCAUGGGUUUACUGUGGAUCUCCCUCUCUUUAACGCAGACAGAAGUUUUGCAUUGGAGCUAAUCUACAAUUUAACAAUUCUUUCGAGGGCCAUGUUAUAUAUUUUGUUUCACAAAUUUGGUCCUUAAUUCAGAAAAAAAUGAAUUGAAAAGGGACUAAUUUGAAAAUUCUAUACAAUUAUAGUUAUUAAAUGAUUUGCAAACUAGGUUUCCUGUUCAUAUUUUGCUAUUAUUUAAUCUGGGUUUUUAAACUUCUCGGGAGGUCUCAGACUGCAAUAACUAAUGCUAAGGCAGCUAACUUUUUGAUAUCUUUGGGUCAAGCUAAUAUUUUCAUGAGAAAAAUUCCUGCAUUUUUCAAAGAACUGGGGUUGAAGCAGAAGUAAAUUCCAAUGAGCGAGUGUACAACUGGGCAGUUUAAUGAAAGGUAAUAAUUUAAAACCGUUUCUAGGGGCUCCUGGCUGGCUCAGUCUGUAGAAUGUGCAACUCUUGAUCUCGACCUUGUAAGUUUGAGUUCCAUGUUGGAUGUAGAGAUUACUUAAAAAUAAAAUCUUAAAAAAUAUAAAACAA